AUGAAGACGGUUCAGUCUGUACUAUUGGCACUUGGCUUGCUGUCGUCGAAUUGCCAAACUGCGUCGGCUGAUCAACAGCGUCUCGCUCAAUCCCACAAAAACCCAUUGGGAACCACCGACUGCCGGGUUACAAACGAUCCAGUCGGGGGAGACGAUGUCCCAGCCUGCGAGGGAUAUCCAUCCUCCCCCACCGCAAAGGUUGUCCGCAUCUCCGGCUGGGCCGAUUGGUACCCUCCCGGCACGAAGGACCAGUACGUGGUGCAGUAUAUCGGGCUGCAAUGGUCAAGUGGACAGAUCAAAUGGUGCGGACCAAAGGUUAAGCCCCAGGCGUACCUCAACCUCGCCCCAAAUGAGACCAUCACCGGCUUUGUAGUCUCGGGUGGGACGAUGGUGGAUUCGAUCAAGGUGACCACGUCCAAGGGCCAGAACUUUUCCGUUGGUGGAGAUGGUGGCGAGGCCCAUGAUAUGGACUUGGGUAAUGGGUACAUGGUGGGCUGGGAUGGGUUCUGUCUUCCUGAACUUCUUGUUGGAUUUGCUCCUACGUUUUUCUGUGAUGAAGUUGGUGAAAGUGCUUGAUUGCUAUGGAUAGACAGUGGAUGGUUACAAUGUGUUGAUCUUCAUUCUUCUCAGCCUUGGAAUGUCUACAGUAUCCAUAGUCAAGCCAAAGUACCACAUCAUUCCACCUAGACUAUUU